AUGCCAAACAACAACUAUCCACAACUAACACCACCAAGUCAUGGCCAGCAGCCACCAUAUUAUUUCAAACCACCUCCAUAUUACUACAAGACCCCACCUCCACCAUCUCCAUCACCACCACCACCACCACCGUAUGUUUACAAAUCUCCACCCCCACCAUCUCCUUCACCUCCUCCACCUUAUGUCUUUAAGUCACCACCACCUCCUUCGCCUUCACCGCCACCUCCUUAUAUCUACAAGACUCCACCUCCACCUCCACCAUCUCCUUCACCUCCUCCAUAUCAUCCCUACCGCUAUAACUAA